AUGGAUACAGUGAUUUGUAAACUAGAACAACGUUUUGCUAAACACGCUGAAAUAUGUUCAGAUUUUACAUGCUUAGAUCCUCGUCAAUUUUCAAAACCAUUGCCCACAACUGCUCUUUUCAAACUUAGUAAAGUUCUUGGAUUAGAAAAUACUUCUAUUUUAAGGGAAGAAUUUCUAGAUUUUACCAAAAAAUGGGAUAAGCUUAAAUUAAAUUUACCUGAAGUAUAA